AAGAAGAAGUGUGCUAACUGUCGUGAAAGCACAUCGACGGAGAAAGAAGCGAGCAGGACGCUAAUAAGUCAGUCUUAUUAUUUGUUCCCCAGUUUGAAAUAUUUAAGUCGUAUAAAAUACAUCUUUGAUUAUUUAUUCAAGGAUAAAGUCGUCUCGAUGCGCUAGAAGCACUGUGCCGCUUCUCCUGCUAUCUUUGCUUGUUAGUUAGCUUAGCUCGCUAGUUAGCUUAGCUUGUUAGCUGCUAACAGAAGUUAUCAACACAUCGCUAAGUAGAGAUCAAGUGUGAGAGUAAAGUGUUGUGAUUGUGUGAAAAUGUCUACAUUACAAAUGUUGAGAGCGUUGGUGGAUCAGCGACUAACUGCUGCCGUUGAAGAAAUAUUUGUAGUGUUAGAAAGAACGAUAGCAGAAUACGAGGCGGAACUUUCUAGAACAAAAGAGGAAAACAAUCAACUACUGGACGCUGUUUUCAAGAAACAUCAAGUCGUGUUACACAGAACAGAUGUCGAAGAAGAACCUCUACCUCAUGAGCAGGAGGAGGAACCACAGCCCCCCCACAUUAAAGAGGAAGAAGCAGAACACAUCGUUAGUCAGGAGGGAGAAUGUCUUGAAGAUCUGGUGGAGUUCCCAGUGACUGGUGUCCCUGUGAAGGGUGAAGAUGAUGAGGUCAAAGGUGAAAGUGAGGAGAAGAGCAGCAGCUCAACACAACACAUGACAACAGAAGCUGAUGGAGACCACUGUGGAGGAUCACAAGCAGACAAGCUCUUAGCUCCACUAUCAGAUAGUGAGGACACAACGUCACACUCUCCUGACACUGAUGAUGAAGACUUUAAAGAUGAUAAGACAUGUCACACUCGCUUGAAAUGUUCUCACUGUGACAAAACAUUUCGUUAUUGUUCUUAUCUGAAUAGACACAUGAGAACACACACUGGAGAAAACCCUUUUACCUGUUCACUCUGUGGUAAAGGUUUUACACAAAGUCACAAUUUGAAAGUGCACAUGAGAACGCACACUGGCGAAAAACCUUUUGUAUGUUCAGUCUGCGGUAAAGGUUUUACAGAAAGUCAGAAUUUGAAAAGACACAAGAGAACACACACUGGUGAAAAAGCACAUUCCUGUUCAAUUUGUGGUAAAUAUUUUGUACAAAGGCAACAUUUGAAAGUACACAUGAGAACCCACACUGGUGAAAAACCUUUUUCCUGUUCAGUCUGCGGUAAAGGUUUUACACAAAGUCCCCAUUUGAAAGUACACAUGAGCACGCACACUGGCGAAAAAUCUUUUUCCUGUUCAAUCUGUGGUAAAAGUUUUGCACAAAAUCAGUGUUUGAAAGUACACCUGAGAACACACACUGGUGAAAAACUCUUUUCCUGUUCAAUCUGCAACAGAAGCUUUUGUGACCAAUCAAACCUCAUAAGACACAUAAAAAGACACACAGUAGAGAAAGUGUCGAGUUGCAGUGUGUGUGAUGAAAGAUUCUCGUCCAAGUACCAGUGUAAGAAACACAAGUGUGCUGGUGAGAACAGCAGCAGCAAAUGAAACUGCAGGAUUUGAAAUAAACUGUCAAGACUUUCAUUUGGACUUUCUAACAACAUCAGCACAUAUAACAUGUGUGACAUUGUUGUUUGUGUAACAUUCUUUUUAAUAUGCUUUUAUAUUUAUACACUGUUUUUGUUCAGUCCAUUACAUGCAUUAACAUGCAACAUUGUGUACUUUUAUAUUGACAUAAACUAUUACAAGAAGAACAAUUUUACUAAAGAGGUCAUUAAAUCCAAAACAGUAUAAUUUGAACAGUUGUCUUUUAUACAAUUUUAAAACGUAUGAAUUUAUGAAUCAUUUGUUGGGUCUCUAUAAUCCAUUUUAUUAAUGAUCUUUAGUACUCCUAUUUUGUAAUAUGAUGAUUGUGUUGUGAUUGUUUUAUAUGUAUGUCCCCAGACCUUUAUGCAAUAUAAAAAUGAAAGCAAAUGACUGAAUUGUUUGUGGAAGGAUGGUUUUGUUUUUACCAACUUACAUAUGUGGAUAAUACACACAAAAAAUCCCAUUAUUGUGUUUUAACAUUUUUUUUUCUUUUUUUUCCUUUUCUUUUUAACAUCCCCAAAACAAUACAAAUUUCAGAAAACAAGUGUGGAGUGUCAGACAAAGGCCAAUAUUGUACAUCAUCCCACAUAGAUUUACUUUGCAUACAUUCAUAAAAUAAACUGUUUAUUUUGUUU